GCUGAGAUAUAUAAAGAGCCGCUUUUUGACCGCACUUGCACAUUCUUCAGUGACACUUCUGAACACUCACACACCUCCGUGGACUAAAUUGUACAGAAGACCCACAAAAUAACCACUACAGCUUUUCCUACACGUGAGCAUCAGACAGAUCAUUAGUUCACUUUCAAUCAAAACAGCUUCUACUGAGAUACACUGGGACGCACCUUUUUUUGGAACAUUUUAUUGCAAAAGCUCCUUCUGCAAAAAAAACAACAACUUCUUGGUGAUCGUAUUGGAUUAGAUGCAUGUCACUGGUUCCCUGCCUUUUGUAGGAUAAGGCAAGGAGUCGCGCACAUCCGAGAGACAGAGGGGAUAUAACGGGAUAAAGGGAGCAAAAGACAAGAGAAAUAAAGAAAACAAAGUUGCACUGCCUGGUGUUCGCGCAUCGUCAUGAAGAGGUACAACUUCUUACUGUGCUUAAUGGUGCUUAUCUCCUUGGGACAGUCGGGGAGCGAUGAGCCCAAUCUGCUGCUGCCCUCUGCCAGCGAGACACCCACGGAUGCCGGGUUGUCUCUGCUGGACGAGGACGCCGGUGCCCACGAGUGUUCCGCCUGUGUUUGGAGGGAGCAGAGCAAAGUGCUGAGACUGGAGACUAUUAAGUCCCAGAUUCUGAGCAAACUGCGUCUGAAGCAGGCGCCCAACAUCAGCCGGGAAGUGGUCAAUCAGCUGCUGCCCAAGGCGCCUCCGCUCCAACAGCUCCUGGACCACCACGACUUCCAGGGAGACGCGUCUUCCCAGGAUGAGUUUAUGGAGGAGGAUGAGUACCACGCCACCACGGAGUCCGUGAUCACCAUGGCCUCUGAGCCGGAGCCACUGGUGCAGGUGAAUGGGAAGCCGAGCUGCUGCUUCUUCAAGUUCAGCCCCAAACUGAUGUUCACUAAAGUGCUGAAGGCCCAGCUGUGGGUUUACCUGCGACCGUUGCAGCAGACCUCCACCGUUUACCUGCAGAUCCUCCGACUGAAGCCCGUCACAGAGCAGGGCAGCCGCCACAUCCGCAUCCGCUCCCUGAAGAUAGAGCUCAACUCCAGAGUGGGCCACUGGCAAAGUAUUGACUUUAAGCAUGUGCUACAGAACUGGUUCAAGCAGCCGCACACCAACUGGGGAAUCGACAUCAACGCCUUUGACGAGAGCGGCAAUGAUCUGGCCGUUACCUCGCUGAGACCUGGAGAGGAGGGACUGCAGCCGUUCCUGGAAGUCAAGGUUCUUGAGACGACCAAACGUUCUCGUAGAAACCUGGGCCUGGACUGCGACGAGCACUCAACAGAGUCUCGCUGCUGUCGCUACCCACUUACUGUGGAUUUUGAGGCGUUCGGCUGGGACUGGAUCAUUGCUCCCAAACGCUACAAAGCCAACUACUGCUCCGGUCAGUGCGAGUACAUGUUCAUGCAGAAAUACCCACACACCCACCUGGUGCAGCAUGCCAACCCCCGGGGCUCCGCAGGGCCCUGCUGUACUCCAACCAAGAUGUCCCCCAUUAACAUGCUCUACUUCAAUGACAAGCAGCAGAUCAUCCAUGGCAAGAUCCCAGGGAUGGUAGUGGAUCGAUGUGGCUGCUCUUAGGCUGUAGAGGGGAGACGCACACUUGUGUACAGCUGCCAUUGCAUCAAUCCACCCAUCACCCUUUUGGAGCUCUCCCCUGGCACCGGAAUCCACUCUACAGCACCAGAUUUCACUUUUGCCUAGCCACAAAAACAUUCCAAGGAGGUUUCCACUUUUUUUUUCUAGUAAUUAAAAUUAUUCUAAUUGUUGAAAAAAGUUAUAAAUGAGAUAUGA